UAACACGCGUGGUCCCCGUGGCGCGCGUGCCAAAAAUACAUCGCCGCGAGCCGGCCGUGCCCGCGUUCCGGUUUGCAGUGCGGCCGCAGGCUGCUUCCGCCGCUGUGUUGCGCUGCAGGGGAGACAACCACACGCGUGGAAAAGAAACCAUGGUCGACAUCAGCAGCCCUUUUCUCAACCUCCAGAAGGGGACAUCGGUCCUUCUCAACGUCCUGAACCGUGCUGACACCAACGGAGACGGCGUACUCGCAAAAGAAGAAUUCCUCAAUUUCUUCUGGGAUGCUAUACUCACGGAAGAUGAACUAUGCGAACUUUUUGAUGAAAUCAACAUUCACAGAACCGGCUUUAUAGAUGCUGGUGAGCUCAGCGCCUUCGUGUGGCAGCACAUGGGGAAAUUUCCAGGACUUCUGGCUGCCCUCGAGGACCUCAGCGUGGCUGUCAGAAAGGGACUGCAACAAAUGGAAAAGACAUACGAUGCCAGCAGCAUUCAGGAACAGUUCGUGUCGAGAUUCCUGGUGAGAGAGACGGUGUUUCAACUCUCCAAGCUGACCGCAGCGCUGGAUGCCUCCCAGAAAAGGCUACAGGAAGAAGGCAUCCCGCUCAUCGACGGAAGUGACAGCAGCGACGAUGACGGCGAGGCUCUACGCAGUCCCACCACCAGCUGCAAUUUUCAGGCUGCAGUUGGUCCCAAAAGCCUCCAGGUGUACAAGCCUUGCCCUAGUCGCCUCCUCCCUGUCAGACUACGAAAACAGGUGGUGACACAAACAUCACUUCAUUUAGAAGAAUCCAGUCAUGACUUGAAUGCUCAAAUCAAGAAGUUGGCGGCAAUUGUAGAAAAGCUUGCAAACCAGCCCAAAUUUCAAAAGCCACAGGAAGACGAACUGGACAUCACAGAGGAAAGCUUGUUAUUCCUAGUGCAGCAAACAAUGCCAGUGGAGGAAGGGCAGUUGGACAACUACAAGGAGUCACUGAAAACUUAUGCUGAAAAGACGGCCGCCUGUGCUGGAUGUCUCUUCACAUCUGUUCGCUUCUACAAGGACAUAAUCACAUAUGCAGUUUAUGAAGUAUGGGAGAGCGAAGAUACAUGGAACAAGCACUUGCGGUCGCACAUAUACAAGACACUGCAGCAUCAAAACAUUGAGUGCUUGCGAAAGCCUGAAUUCCUCAACACAAUGGAAAUACCAGGAUCGUGGUGGAAAAUGGGAUCAGAAAUUUGACAUUCCACAUCUUCAGACAGCACAAGUGCCCGCAUUCAAGCAAACUCAGCCUUUCAAGGACCACACCUUUGCACACUGAAAUAAAGUAGAUAUGUCAGUGCACA